UACUGUCGCGAGAGACUAUCAAGAGUGACGCAACCCGGGAAGUUAUCUUUGUAUACAUGUCGCUACCAGAGUCGAUCCUUAAAUGUCGAAUUGCAUACACUUUGCCAUUACCCUAGAUACAGUAUUAUCGUAGACUAUGUUUUGUUUACAUUUGAGAGCCAGCAAUAUCAACAAGCAGAAAAAUGACUGAUGUUCUAAGAGAAAGGAGAGAACGGUCCCAGAAACGGAAACAGUUGCUGGCGCAGACAUUUGGUGUCUCGAAUGUAGACGAACUCCGACAAGCCCUUGGUACUUCAAUUGAACCUAAACCAAAGAAAGUUCCUAAGGAGGAAAAGCAAGUAGAAGAAAACGUUCAGGAAAAAGUAGUUACAGAAGACUCAACAACAGAUGAACUGGUGUACACCGAUUCUUCAACAUUCCUGAAGGGUACUCAGUCAUCUAAUCCACAUAAUGAUUACUGCCAGCAUUUUGUGGACACAGGUCAGAGACCACAGAACUUCAUCAGAGAUGUAGGACUGGCUGAUAGGUUUGAAGAAUAUCCUAAGCUGAGAGAGCUCAUCAAAUUGAAAGACGAUUUGAUAGCAAAGACAGCAUCUCCGCCAAUGUAUCUGAAAACAGAUCUCCAGACAUUUGAUAUGAAAGAACUGAACAGCAAAUUUGAUGUGAUUCUUGUAGAGCCACCACUGGAAGAAUAUCAGAGGACCAUGGGUGUUACCAAUAUGCAGUUCUGGGGAUGGGAUCAGAUAAUGCAGCUGGAUGUUGGAGAAGUAGCAGCUGCACGCAGUUUUGUUUUUCUUUGGUGUGGAUCUUCUGAAGGUUUGGACAUGGGCAGAGUUUGCCUACGAAAGUGGGGAUUUCGUCGGUGUGAGGACAUUUGUUGGAUCCGUACAAAUAUUAAUAAUCCAUCACACUCAAAAAAUUUAGAACCAAAGGCUGUUUUCCAGAGAACAAAGGAGCACUGUCUGAUGGGAAUCAAAGGAACUGUUCGGCGAUCCACCGAUGGAGAUUUUAUUCAUGCAAAUGUGGAUAUUGAUCUAAUCAUCUCUGAGGAGCCAGAAUAUGGGUCCUUGGAAAAACCUGUUGAAAUAUUCCAUAUUAUUGAACACUUCUGUUUGGGAAGUAGAAGGUUGCAUGUCUUUGGACGAGAUAGUACAAUCAGACCAGGUUGGCUUACAAUAGGGCCUGAAUUGACUAACAGUAAUUUUAAUGCUGAAUUAUAUGCUAGUUAUUUUGCCAAUGGACAGACAACAACGGGCUGUACAGAAAGAAUAGAAGCACUGAGACCAAAAUCCCCUCCACCAAAAGGCAAAGGAUCAUCAGGUGGACGAGGCAGAGGAGGGCCAUCUAGGGGUGGUUUCUCACGGGGUCGGGGCAGGGGUAGAUAAUAAUAUUUGUGUUUAUACCUUCUCUCAUAUAGUAACAAUGUGUGUGCCACACAGAGAUCAGAAAUGAAACAUACCAGGAAAUAAUGAAAACUGUGACUUAGAAGAAUGUGUGAUGUGUGUUGACUAUACAUGUAGUAAGCAAGCAAACAUGAUUCUAAAGUUUUAAUUAUUAAUUUGCAAUGUAUAAUACUUUAUUAAUGUGCAUAUAUCCUAAACCAAGAUUUAACUGCUCACAUGACUUGUAGUAAAUACAAGUGAGAUUUUAACAUGGAUUUCAUGUGUUGCAGAUAUUUGACAAAUUUAAUAAUUUUGUCAGUUUCUGCUUUAGUACGUCAUUUUAUAAUGAGCUUCCUAAAGACUUUACUGUAAAUUAUUUUAUGAUUAACUUUCUAUGAAAGAUGAUGUGUUAUAAAACUGGUGUAUAACUUCUUGUCUGAAAUAUAACUAGCAUUGAAUGUGACAUGAGAGACAGGAUAAGUAAUUAAACUUCUUGUUUGGUAUUAAGACUAUGAUGGUAAUUUUAUCAUCGGUGUUUUGUGUGUCUGUGAGAUGGUGAAGAGUAAUGGAGGAUAAUGGUUUACAGGGUGGUAAAUGGUUGAGUUCUGUAAAUUUGUAGUGAUACUGUAUAACAUUUUGAGAACUGUUUCAGUAAGGGUCAAACUACUCACUUCUGAAAAAAUCAUCCAAAAAUCCUGUGCCUUAAUCAUCACAGUUUUCUCUGUGGGAAACAGUUAAAGAACAGGGAAAUGCUAGAACAGCUGGAUGCUAUACUGUGCUGCCAGUCUGUUCAGACAACCAAAACAGUAUCUCUUAAUUCAUAAGUCCUUAGAAUAGGAAUAGCAUAAAUAUCUUCCAUUGCACACAUACAGUGUAUUACUACUCACAGGGCUACUAUAAAUGAUUCAUUUAUUUCCAAAGCUCUGUGUUUUACAAAGUAUUACAUAUGCAAAUUAGACUGAUGCAUGAAUAGAGCAGUAAACUCACCAAGUUUGUUCAAAAAGAUUUCGGGCUUGCAGCUGGUCAUCAUAAACUUCAUUGCACAAUAUUUUGGCUGGACAACUGCCAGCCAUCUUCAGGUGAGCCGAACGAGGACUGACGAAGUCGUUCUCCGCUCUGUCUUAUAUAUUGUGCUGAUAGUACUGCCAUGCAUGCAUUGCAGUCGCGGAGACAGAAUGGCCACACUGCUCAGUGGCGGCGCCCCGCUGGUGGAACUGCAAUACUCAGCUGCCAUCGGUAUUGUCGCUGGCCGCAGCUAUCGAAGUCUUCUGGUGUCUUCAUCUCGAGCAAAUUUUGGAGAUGACGGGAUUCCAUGCAUUAUUCAAUUGGUAACCACUGUCACGAUUCAUUAGAUUUCCCACAAUGCGUAUUUCAACGGUAUCUUUGAUAAUGGAGUCCCCAAAAUUUGUUGCUGUGGCCAAAAUCGAAGUUUCAUCGUACUCUAUUGAAUGUCUGUUAGAAGUAUGAUGUUCUGCAACUGUAGACUUACUGGGUUGCAGUAGGCGAGUGCAACGUUGAUGUUCUGUACAACGCUCCUCCACUGUACGCAUUGUUUGUCCUAUAUAGGCCAUACCACAUUGACAUGGUAUUUUGUAAAUUCCUGCCUUCUGCAGUUACAAAUCAUCCUUCACCGAUCCCAGCAAAUUCGAAAUCUUAAAAGGCGGCCGAAAAACCACUUUCACAUGAAAAUUAUUAAGAAUCCUCCCUAUCUUGAAGGAGAUAUUUCCAACGAAGGGAAGAAAAGCUAGGGACUUGGCUGGCGCAUUCUCCUCUUUAUCCACUUCCCGGUUCCUGGAUCCAUUGUCUCUGAACACGUUCCUCAAAUGUGCAGGUUCCUUAGGCAAAUUCUCAGCAUUUGACACUGUAUGUGCCCUGUGCACAAGGGUUUUAAGUACACUCAUGGUCUGGGAUGGGUGAUGGCAACUUGAAGAAUGCAAGUACAAAUCAGUGUGAGUGGGCUUACAAUAGACAGAAUGUCCCACCGAGCCAUCACUCUUCUGUUUAACCAAAACAUCGAGGAAUGGAAGGCAGCCAUCUUUCUCUAGUUCCAUAGUAAAUCGAAUAUUCUCAUGGAAGGAGUUAAGAUGAUGAAAAAACUGCAUUAACUUUUCUUCUUCAGGGGGCCACAUUUUACACUCUAAAUAUGUUCUGCAUUUGCCCUUCUGGUCACAUGACGCAGGUUCAAGUGGUAGUCAAGUUCGCUUCGCAACUUACGCAGUAACUUCCUGUCUGUGGUCAUCACAGCAGCGUUGAUGUGUUAUCUAAGAUGUUCCAGUGUUCUGGGCUGUGGAGGUAAGUAAACGUGGUCCUUAAUGUACCUGCAAAGAAAAAAGUUCGCAAGGCACGAGGUCAGGCAACCUAGGGACCAAAGAAACAUAGCCACAUCAUCUUCACCACUAUGACCAAUUCAGCAAGUUCAUUGUUCAGGUAGCAAUGAACAUCGAAGCUCCAGUGAGGGGUACCCCGUCAUGUUGGAAGAUGAUGUUCUUGGUAUCAGCAGUCGACUUUGAAAACAACCACAACUGCUACAUACCAAGUUGAGAGGUAUCCGUCACAGCCUUCCCACGGAAGAAAAACUGCCCAUACAGCUUUGUCUGUGACAUUGCACAGUAAACAUUAACCUUUCACAUAUCUUGUUCAAGUGCCAAAAUUUCCUGAGGAUUUUUAGUGCCCCACAUUCUCAUGUUGUGGCGAUUAACCUUUCCAGAUAAAUGGAAGGUUGCUACAUUGCUGAAUAUUUGACUGCAUACAAAACUUUCCUUCAAACUCUCCAUAAUUGUAUCCAGUACACUUGGUUGACCAGUAAUUUUCUACUUACAGGUAUAACCUGUGUCCCUAAAUUGUCAAUGCCAGUGCACAGUGCUCUGUGUACAUGGCAGUUCUUUUUCAUACUUCCUUAUGAAUGCACACUGCUCUGUUGCAACAGAUAAACAUCUUGCAUGCUCGAACACAUGAAAAAUCUUUUCUUGCUUUGUUGCCAUUUUGUCAAGACACUGCACUCGUAGUGCCAACCAGUGCACACAAUGCAGAUUCAAUGAGUUUACUGUUAUACUCAUGCAUCAGUCAUCCUUUUGCACUAAUAAUACUGUGGAAAAUAUAAAACUUUGAAAAUGAAUGAUCAUUUAUAGUACCCCAGUAUAAUUACUACUUGACAUAGAUUGUAAUAAUUUAGUAAAAAAACAUUAAAUUUGUGGCUGUUAGUCAAGUUUCUUCAUGGAAAACUUUAGGAAAAAGAACUUAAAUGUUGUAUACA